AUGCGCAACGUCGGCUUUCUUCUUUUCGAGCGCUUCAGCCCGGGUUCCGAUCCUGCUUUGAUGGUCCGACUCGUCCAUCAAGUCGUGGCGCUUGAAAAGGUCAUGCUGAAGUUGAUACAGUGUUACACAAAGGCGCAAGGUCUUUUCAAGGCCUUAGCUGAGGGCAAGCUCUCGAGCCAGAGCUUAGAAAGGCUGAGAGCCGUAAGCAACCGGUCUCGUGUGGUACUCACUACGGCUCAUCGUUCCGUGAUGAACGCUUCUUGCAUCAACAACUUCCACGGCUGGGCAUGGAAGCAUCCAGGAAAGCCCCCGUUGCUGCCUGUCACGGACAGGACUUGUCAUGGUAGUCGGGUUGUGAUCUAUCGCACCAUGGUGGGGGAAUGGAUCGCAGAGAAGUUCAAACUGGGAUCUCAAACGAUGCGCAGAUGUUCGCAACGUGUGGCCUUGAGUGCGACCGCCCAGGAGACCCGGCCGUUUCUAGACGCCACAUUGCCUCGAUACGCCGGUGCGGCCGUAUGA